AUGAAUUUCAAUAAAAAUAGAAGAGUCACUUUAUUUCAGAUUCUAGGAAGAGGUAGAGUCAAUAAAAAAUAAUCACCAAAACAUAAAAAGUCAAGUACAAUUGACCAUGUCUAAUUACCAUAAUUAUAUGAUAAUUUCCUAACUGAACAUACAUUACGUCUUGGUUAUUAGAAAUAAUAAAAAUCUAUCAAAAUUAAAGAUGAUUUUCCAGUCAAUACAUCUUUAAGUGUAUCAACUAGAUCACCUGUAAGAUUAUAAAGUAUUUUGUAAUCAGGAUAAAUCAACAUUAAAAUAGACUAAUUGCUUAACAGAAAGAAAUAUGUGAAGUCGAGUAUACAUAUGAAGUUACACUGA